AUGGCGGCCGAGCGAAGGACGCCCAAGCCCGCGGAGGUAAUCGCCUACUACAAAUCCAAGGGCUUGAAUCAGGAGCAGGCCUGCGAGAAGGCAGUGGAAUCGCUCCAGAAGGCGCUGGCUCUCUCGCUCCGGCGGCAGCAAAUCCAGCCCGAGCGCAUCGCAUUGCUCGAGUCCCAGGUCGUGAAUGUCGGGCAGGCGGUGAGGGAUCUGGACAAGAAGCUCUCGCGGCUGGAGAUGGCGCUGGAUUCGAAGCCCGGCAUCGCGCAAAUCUUCGCUGCCGGGGUCGCGUCGGGCAGCGCAAUCCGGGGCCUCUUCGAUGGAGCUCCCCAUCUCUUCCGCGCAAUCGCCCAGGUUUCUGGAAAUAUCUCCAGCUCGAUGCGUCACAAAUCUUCCAGGGUUUAG